GAAAUUAUUUGGUUUUGGCGCACAAUCGCGGCGUCUGCAUCCUGGUUUUUUGCACAACCUGGCAGACGUUUCUAGACCACUGCCAUGUCCAAGAAGUUGAACACCAGCGUGGGCGGGACGCCCACAAACACGCUAUUAAAUUACUUUUCCAAAUCGCCGGCUGUCGAAAAAAAGAAAUUAACUCCUAGCGUGAAAACAGAUCCCAAUGCAUCCAAGAGCGAAAAGGAGAAUCUCCAGAACCAGCAGCCAAAAGUGAAGGAUAGUAAGGAAAAGGAUUCCAAGCCGGCGGCCAAGAGGAAGUUGCCCAUUUCCGACGAUGAGCCGGACAGUGGUCAACGCAAGCGGAAGCGCAUCGUUCAGCCGGAAUCGGACAGUGAGCCGGAAAUGGAGGUGACCAAGUCGGAGGACGACUUCUCCGAUUGCGUAUCCGACUACGAACCGGAUGAGAAUGAAGCCAGCGAUGAUAGCGUUAGCAGCGGCGUUGAUGAGGUGUCGCCCAGCGAGAACGACAUGUCCGUGGAUAGUCCGACACCCAAGAAAUCGCGCAAAAAGUCGAAGGUCCUAAAUAACAACAAUAACAAUAACAAUGAGCCAUCGAGCAAGAAGGUCAAGCUGGAGUCGUCCAUCCAACUGGCCGAGGGUGCAACCUUUCAAGAGAAGCUGAAGAACCUGCAGAGCAAUGCCAAGCAGGAUGCUUCCUACGAUGAUAUCGUGACCAACACGUCCAGUCUGGAUGAGCCCGUUGUUUGGCCGCACCAAAAACUAGAGUUCCUGCAGCCGGACAAGAUCAAGGACAAGGAGGGCAGACGUCCAGAUCAUCCGGACUACGAUAAGAGCACCCUGCAUGUGCCGGAGAAAUUCCUCAAUGGCCUGUCGCCGGGAGUCCGACAGUGGUGGGUCCUUAAGUCGGACAACUAUGACUGCGUCUUGUUUUUCAAAGUCGGCAAGUUCUAUGAACUGUAUCACAUGGAUGCGGAUGUGGGCGUCAACGAGCUGGGCUUCACUUACAUGCGCGGCGAGUUUGCUCACUCGGGUUUUCCGGAGAUAUCCUUCGACAAGAUGUCAACCAUUCUCGUAGACAGGGGCUUCAAGGUGGCUCGCGUGGAGCAAACGGAAACUCCAGAUAUGAUGACUGAUCGCUGCAAGCGAAUCAAGGCCACCAAGUUCGAUAAAGUGGUGGCCCGCGAGAUCUGCCAGAUCACCAAUCGUGGCACCCAGGUAUUUGGCUCACAGUGCAAGAUCGGGCCGAAUCAUCAGCCCAACUAUAUGUUGGCCAUAGUGGAGCAGGAUGAGGGAACUUGGAGCCGGUAUGGAGUGUGCUUCAUAGAUACCUCCAUUGGUGACUUUCAUUUGGGUGAGUUUGAAGACGACAAGAACUGUUCCCGCCUCCUCACCCUGGUGUCACAUCAUAUGCCCGUAUUGUUCCUUAAUGAGAAAUCCGCUCUGAGCCAGCGAACACAGCAAAUUUUGCGCACUGUGCUGGGUGGAAUCCUUAAGGAGCCCGUUCCCGGCAACGGAAAGAAUGCCUGCAGUGCCGAAAAAACCCUGAAACUUCUGGCGGAACGUUACUAUGCUGGAAACGGAUCCGAUGACAACUGGCCAUUGGUGCUGCGCACCAUGCAAUCCGAUAUGGAUCAUUUGGGCCUGACACCCGAUGAUAAUUACAAGCUAGCCCUUAAAGCUCUCGGCCAGUGCAUCUUCUUUAUCCAUAAGUGCAAGCUGGAGCCCAAGGUGCUGCCCAUGGCGCGUUAUCAGCUAUAUGUGCCGCCCGAUCAGCUGGCGGAUGCCAAGCCAGCGGUUGCAUCCACGUUGAGACGCUCCCACAUGGUACUGGAUGCCACUACUUUGUCAAACCUCAGAAUUAUUGGUGAGGAACACUCCUUGCUCUCCACUUUGGAUCACUGCUGCACCAAGUUCGGAAAGCGACUACUGCACCACUGGCUUUGCGCUCCGAGUUGCGAUGUGGCAGUCAUCAAGGAGCGCCAAGAUGCUAUUGGUGAGCUAAUUCGAAUACCCACCGAACUGCAGGAAGUUCGCGCUUUGCUAGCUCCGAUGCCGGAUUUCGAACGAAAUCUUGCCCAGAUUCACCUAUUUGGUAACAAACAGAUAAAGCAGAUGGACCACCCGGAUUCCCGGGCAAUUCUUUUCGAAGAAAAGCUAUAUAACAAGCAAAAACUACUGGGAUUUAUGGCCGUACUUAAGGGUUUCAAUGACCUAACCAAAUUGCCUACUAUGUUCCAUCAGUGCAAAACAGCUUUGCUUAAGAGACUUACCCAGCUGCCUGAAUCGGGAGGUUCUUUUCCCGAUCUAAGCAAGCAGCUACAAUAUUUUGCCACUGCCUUUGAUCAUGAUGCAGCUGCUAAAACGGGUGUGAUUGCGCCCCAAGCGGGAAUGGAUGCUGAGUACGAUGCGGCAAUGGAUUCCAUAGGUGAGAUUGAGAAACGCCUCAAAUCAUAUCUUGUGGAGCAAGAGCGACACUUUGGUUGCCGCAUUACCUAUUUCGGCUCCGACAAGAAACGUUACCAGUUGGAUGUGCCAGAAACCCAUGCCAGCAAGGCCAAUAAAUCCUACACCUUGGAAGGACAAACUAAGGGAAAGAAGGCAUCUCGUCGCUACACCACUGCUGAAACACGUGGCCUUCUAAAGGACAUGCAGCACGCUGAAGAUACAAGGAACAUGGUGCUUAAAGAUCUGGCGCGUCGUCUUUUCGAGAAGUUCUCGAAUCACUACGACCAGUGGAAGCAAUGCAUUGACUGCGUCUCCAACCUGGAUGUCCUAAGCUCACUAGCUGAAUACGCUGGUCAACAAAUGGUUAUCUGUGUGCCAGAGCUGGUCUCUGAUGCGGAGCAGCCGUUUAUCCAACUGGAGGAGGGCUACCAUCCUUGCGCAAAUGCAUCCACCUAUAUUCCCAAUGGCCUGGAAUUGGGGACUGCAUCGGAGGCGCCACUAUCACUGCUCACUGGUCCCAAUAUGGGCGGCAAGAGUACGUUGAUGAGGGAAGUGGGACUACUCGUAAUCAUGGCGCAAAUUGGCGCCCAUAUUCCCGCUGCUAGUUGUCGCCUUUCGUUGGUGGACAGAAUCUUCACGCGCCUGGGUGCUCAAGAUGACAUUCUGGCCGGGCACAGCACCUUCCUUGUCGAGCUUAACGAAACGUCCCUCAUUCUCAAACAUGCCACAUGCCAUUCGCUAGUGCUGCUCGACGAACUCGGCAGGGGAACCGCCACUUAUGAUGGCACAGCGAUUGCUGCCUCUGUCGUAAACUUUCUGGCCAAUCUCAAGUGCCGCACUCUGUUCUCCACACACUAUCACAAUCUGAUUGAUUUCUUUCACAAUGACAAGAGAAUUACACUGGGUCACAUGGCUUGCAUGGUGGAGAACGAAGACAAUGCCGAUCCUACCCAAGAAACGGUCACGUUCCUAUACAAGUACACAGCCGGUGCUUGUCCCAAAUCGUAUGGCUUUAACGCAGCCAAAUUAGCUGGAAUGCCUCAGGGAAUUAUAAAGCGGGCCUAUGAGCUUUCCAAGAAAGUCGAAGCCAUAGCUUUGCAGCGCAAGAUUACGGCCAAGAUCGUAGCUGCCACAGCCGGAAACGAGGACACCAAAAAGGAGAAGUUAAAUGCACUCAAAGAUUUGCUAAAGCAGUUAAAACUGUGCCAAGUUUAGGGUGCAGAAGCUCCAAAGUCGAGGCUACCACACACCAAUUCCCAUUUUUAAAACAUGUUUACUUAUGAUUCGCCAAGAGGCAGCUUGUAAUUUGAUGUAUACGUAGCUUUUAUAAGCAUCUUUCAACCAUUUCAGUAUGCAUUUUUUUUUUAGUUUUUAUAGAGAAUUUGAAUCAAAACCUGUGCCAUUCUCAACAGUCAUUAAACAAAAUAAAACCAUUCCAUUUGAGGCCCAAAAAACAUUUUAAAUUGUUUGCCAUUAGUUGCCACCGUUUAAUUGUUGUUUAUUAUAAUUAUUUUUUUUUUGUAUCACAGUAAAAAUUAAAAUUAAAACAAGUUCACAAUCAAAAUACACA